AACGAAGUACUCUAAGUAUUUUUUGAUUCCAAACACCCCUGGUGGUUUUUAAAGGAAUCUCAUCCUGCCUGAUGUGAAAGCAUUUUUAAUAGUGAUUUUUGUUGAUUCCAAGCACCUCCAGUAGCGUGUGCAUUCCUCCCUUCGAUUUUGGCUGUGUAUAUAAAAGGAGGAUUCUAUCACUUAUCACUCCCAAACUGAGAGUAAUUGCAAAACUUAUUACAGAAAUGGCGGACACCCUCUCUGCCUUGAGGUCUCUAAUGGCUUCCCACUCUCCGCCGCUUGAUGCCUUGGUCGUACCCUCCGAAGAUUAUCACCAGAGUGAAUAUGUAUCUGCACGAGACAAAAGGCGCGAAUUCGUCUCCGGAUUUACUGGAAGUGCUGGGCUGGCACUCGUUACAAAGAAAGAAGCACUGCUGUGGACCGAUGGACGGUAUUUUCUGCAGGCAGCGCAAGAACUUAGUGAUCAGUGGAAGCUAAUGCGUAUUGGUGAAGAUCCUGCUGUAGAUAUCUGGAUGGCUGAUAACCUGCCGAAAGAUGCGUCCAUUGGGGUUGACCCUUGGUGCAUUUCAAUUGAUACAGCCCAAAGAUGGGAGCGAGCUUUUGCAGCAAAACAGCAGAAGCUGGUUCAAACUACAAAAAAUUUGGUAGAUGAAGUAUGGAUUAACCGACCACCUGCAGAGGUUAAUGCUGUUAUGGUACACCCACUGGAAUUUGCAGGUCGUUCUGUUGCAGAUAAGUUGAAAUUUUUGAGAGAAAAGCUCGUGGUUGAAAAAGCUCGUGGUAUAAUUUUCACUGUACUUGAUGAGGUUGCAUGGUUGUACAACAUUCGUGGGAGUGAUGUGGCAUACUGCCCCGUAGUUCAUGCAUUUGCUAUUGUGACAUCCAAUUCAGCUUUCUUUUAUGUGGACAAGCAAAAGGUGUCUGCUGAGGUGAAAACUCAUUUAGAAGUUAAUGGAAUUGAAAUUAGAGAUUACACGGCAGUGAGUUCCGAUGUGGCAUUGCUUGCAGUAGAUGAGCUUGAUGCUGUGUCUACUGUUAGAGGAACUUCAACUGAACUUACAGAGGAAGCGAGCAAAACCCUCAGUGAGACUGGCGUAAGAGUAAAUGGUAGUUCUCAAGCAGAUGGUUGUAAUGACCUCAUAUGGGCUGAUCCGGGUUCAUGUUGCUAUGCACUGUAUUCAAAAUUGAACUCUGAUAAGGUUCACUUGCAGCAAUCACCUGUGGCCUUGGCAAAAGCUUUAAAGAAUCAAGUGGAGUUGGAAGGUUUAAGAAAGGCACAUAUUCGGGACGGUGCAGCUGUUGUCCAAUAUCUUGUCUGGUUGGAUGAGAAGAUGAAGGAUAACUAUGGCGCAUCUGGUUACUUUGUGGAGGGUCAUGAAGUGAACAAGGAAAAACAUCUGAUAUUUCCCAGUGUGGUUAGCUCCUGUUGCAUCACAUCAUUAGAAUUUUUGAAUCUCAUGCUGUGCAGGAAGUCCUUGAAGCUGACUGAAGUGACUGCAAGCGACAAACUUGAGGGUUUUCGGGCAUCAAAAGAGAAUUUCAGAGGAUUGAGUUUCCCAACUAUUUCUUCAGUUGGACCAAAUGCAGCCAUCAUCCAUUAUUGUCCACAGGCAGAAACAUGUGCUGAGCUUGAUCCAGACAAAAUUUAUCUUUUUGAUUCUGGAGCCCAGUAUCUAGAUGGAACAACUGAUAUAACACGAACAGUUCAUUUUGGAAAACCUUCAACACAUGAAAAAGCAUGCUAUACAGCAGUCCUCAAGGGUCACAUUGCUCUUGGGAAUGCUACGUUUCCUAAUGGGACAAAUGGUCAUGCGCUUGAUAUUCUUGCCCGAGUUCCUCUGUGGAAAGAUGGCCUUGAUUAUCGACAUGGUACUGGGCAUGGCAUUGGGUCUUACCUGAAUGUUCAUGAAGGACCACAUUUAAUCAGUUUUAGACCACAAGCCCGGAAUGUGCCAUUGCAAGCUUCAAUGACUGUGACAGAUGAGCCUGGUUACUAUGAAGAUGGGAAGUUUGGGAUAAGAUUGGAGAAUGUGCUUAUUGUCAAAGAGGCUGAUACAAAAUUCAAUUUUGGUGAUAAAGGAUAUUUAUCAUUUGAACACAUCACCUGGGCCCCUUACCAGAAGAAGUUGAUUGACCCGAGCCUUCUUGCACCGGCUGAGAUAGAUUGGCUAGACUCUUAUCAUUCCAAAUGUAGGGACAUGCUAGCGCCAUACCUGAGUGAAGCUGAAAAAGAAUGGCUGAAGAAGGCCACUGAACCUAUCAGUGUGUGAACUAUGUAUUUGGAAUUUCAGCAUCAAACUUGCUUCUUCUUAGCUUGUCUGCUAUGUUCCCUCGAGUAAUUAUCUAUUAUUAUUGGGAGUUUAUGUGCAUUACAUGCUGACUGGCUUACCGUCCAGCGUCAGUUCUAUUUCUAUUUUAGUGUAAGGUGGUUUAUUGUAGAUAAGAUGAACCAUUUCAGCUUUGCCAGGUGAAGGAAAUAUUGUUCUGAGAUAAUUUAACCCUGCAGCUCACGAUAUGAUUUGAGGCAUGUUAAGCCUUUAGAC